CGAUACUGCGGCCUCGCAUCCUUCCACCAUUUUGCCAUAACACUCUCAAAGCGGCGGUUUGUUGUGUUUGUUUUUGUGAUAGUAUUGAUCAAUUGCCGAUAAAACUUGCAUAAAACUGUGAAAUUACCAUUGUUCUCUCAACAAAAACGGUUUGUGAAACCCAAAAAUGGCAAAUCCAAUUAAGGCAGAAACCACCGUACAAGAUGAACCCGAGGCAGACCGUGAUCCCCAACAAGAAAUCCAACAUCCACCAGGGCAGAAUUUUGGGGGCCCCAAACGGGGCGGCCACAACCGGUUCGUAAACCGCCGGCAAGGGCCAUACAUGCGCUUCCAGCCCCCACCGCACCGUGGGGGGCCUGGCGGACCCGGUGGGCCUGGGGGCCCUGGCGGACCCGGAGGGCCGGGGGGCGAGCGCGAUUUUAACAGAAGACCGAAUAGGGGGCCUGGGGGGCCCCAUGGUAACCAAAAUUUCAACGAGCAUGGGCCACCCGGCCGCAUAGAUAAGAUAAAUGAGAAGCUGGCCAAUAUGAAUGGACCCACGUUUGACUUGCCACCUCUAGAUCAUUCGGAAAAGAAGUUCUCGGGACGCACACGCUUGUACGUCGGGAAUAUUGGGAACGAUGUUACGGAAGACGAUCUGACGGAACUGUUCCGUCCCUAUGGCGAAACCAGUGAACAUUUCGUUAAUAAAGAGAAAAAUUUUGCGUUCAUUAGAGUGGACUAUCGCGCCAAUGCCGAAAAGGCCAAGCGUGAGUUAGAUGGUAUCCUCUUCAAGGGGAAAAACCUGAAAAUUCGGUUCGCGCCCAAUGGAUCCACUGUUAAAGUCAAGAACUUAACUCCCUUUGUCUCAAAUGAACUGCUGUACUAUUCAUUUUCUGUUUUCGGAGAGGUUGAACGUGCCUAUGUCAUAGUGGACGAGCGCGGCAAACCCGUAGGUGAAGGUAUCGUAGAAUUCGCCCGCAAAGGCUGUGCUUUAAACGCGGUACGACGAUGCUCGGAAGGUUGUUUCUUCCUAACUACCUCCCUCCGCCCCGUGAUCGUCGAAAGUUACGAACCCAUGGACGACUCCGACGGUUACCCUGAGAAAUACCUCAACAAGAAAAACCCCGAAUUUUCAAAAUCGCGUGAAGUGGGUCCCCGUUUCGCUAGCGUGAAUAGUUUCGAGUAUGAGUACGGAAUGCGUUGGAAGCAACUGCACGAACUGUUCGCUCAGAAAGAAGAAGCGAUGAAGAAAGAGUACGAGAUGGAGAAAGAGAAGCUUGAGGCACAGAUGGAAUUCGCGCGAUAUGAACACGAGACUGAGAUGUUACGUGAUCAACUUCGUGCACGUGAGAUGGACAGAGACCGCCAGAAACACGAAUGGGAGAUGAAGGAGAGACUGGCGGAGGAGCAAAGACAGCGGAACGAGGAACAAAUGAGAAGACAACAGGAAGAAAUGCAAAAUCGUAUGAUGCACCAAGAGGAGGAGAUGCGGCGUCGCCAGCAGGAAAACAACUUGUUCAUGCAAGCGCAUCAACUGGACAACAUGCUCCAACAAGAAGAGCAAGCAUAUGAAGAGCCCAGUGGCAUGUAUAACAAUAUGAAUCAAGAAGGAGAGGCCCCUGUUGUGGAACCAAAAGCUUUCAUGAAUUCUUACAAGCGCAACAACCACCGUUUCGAUGGACGUGGUGACAUGGGCCCACCAGGGCCCCGUAAUGGUGGGGGUGGCAGGGGCCACUGGGUGAACAACGAUAAUCGCCGUGACGAUUUUCCACCUAAAAGGCGUCGUUAUUAAGUUACUUCAGCAUUCUCAAGAAAUUUAUUCCCCUUUAUAUACACUAAUCAAUCACGUCUUUAUCAUGAAUGUCGUUUUAAAUGAGGUUAAUUGAAAAAAAUACGUUCUGUCUUCUGUUUAUUGAUGCGAUUUUUGUCGUUUUAUUUAUCGCACGUACUUUAUAGUUUUCACAUAUUCGUAUUACGUCACCAUGGAGAAAUUUAUGUUCAUCUCUUUACAAAGCAAAGCCUAAGAAAUUGUGUUUUUAUUAAUUUUGACGAAGAUGAACGGAAUUUCUUAUUGUUGAUUAAUCUGAAAUUGAGAUACACAGAAAUAUUUGCACUAUUUGCGUUUGUGAAAUUGGUUCGUAAUAGGAAAUACCACUGACCCACCGGUGAUAAAAAAAGCAGUUUGGUUCAUUUUUAAGCGAGGAAACGUUUGUAAGCCGGCGAAAUAAUGCGGUUUGGUUCGAUAAGCAGUUAAACAAGUACGUGAUUCCAUGAAAAAAAAUUUAAUUUUUUAAAUUAAUUUUAGCAGUAUAUACGUUUUCAGCAAGUAUAAGUUGAAAUAUUUCUGUGUAUUCAAAAUCACGCUAUAUUAUUUCAGCAUUAGUUUCUGAGUAAUAAAUGUCAAAUUUAAAAUGUAGAAUUAAAGUAAAUUUACAAUAUUGUGUUUUUAAGUUGUCCUAAUCUUACAUCCAAGUUAAUGAUAUUUAUAGUACCUCAGUCAGUUUUAAACUGCAUUACCGUAAGCCAAAUGUAUAAAUUGUUUAAUCGAUGACGUUCUCAUGUUAAAAUACGAAUCAUUGUAAGUAAGAAUCUCCAUCGCAACGGCUGUUUUUACUUACAACAGUCGUAUCUUAUUUGAAGUGAGGUCCUGAGUCACGUAAUGACUGAAAACAAAUUGUAAUGAAUAGUGGCUGGGUGGAUAAGGCUUUUUAGAUGCAUGCGUCAUUGUGAAAUGUAUAAUCAUUUGGAAAUCUCUAUUCAAAAUAUCACGUACUAUAGAUUUGCAUAAAUUAUACCUAGGCAUGUAGACAAGAUAUAUUUUUGAAUAAAUGUCGAAAUUAUAUACGUAAA